UCGAUUUGUUUGGGUUUGGGUUAAAGUCUUACCAGUAAUAUUCAGGAUUUGACAAGAUGUCCAAGUACUUAUGAUUUUUCAAUUAUGAUUACUUCGCAGCUAAGUGUUUGCUUUGAUUUUAUUAAAAGUAUAAAUUCUUGGACCUUUAACGUGGUGUUUCGAUUUACAUUGUUGACUCGAAUCGAUGAUAGAUCAUAAUGAUCAGCGUGGAAGUGCGCAGUUGUGGAGGGGAGAAGAAUCGCGCUCCCAUCCUGCAACGGGGUCGGCACAGUCCAUUUCCGUUCCGGCGUCUCCUCUCUCUUUGUCCGCCAUUUUCGCCUUCUCCUGCCCGGUCGCCGAUUGUCUUCGCCAAAUCCGAGCCCGAGUUGACAAGUAAAAAUGGAAAGACGGGGUGGAUUCAGAGGCGGUCGUGGAGGACCUAUGAGAGGUGGCACACGUGGUCGGGGUGGCUUUACUAGUGACCAACCCCGAGGAAGGGGGCGUGGAGGAACAGGCCCAGGCAUGGGAGGAGGCCGUGGAACAUUCGUAAAACGCGAAGGCAUGGAAGGAACCCGGGGUGGAUUCCGAGGCGGGAGAGGUGGCCCUGAAGGCAGGGGACGAGGCGGCUUCAUGAGGGGCAACACCCGAGGGAACGGUGGCCCUCCACGCGGCGUACCGAGGAGCCGAGGAGGCCCUCCGAUGCCAGGCAAAAGACUGCUCGGCCCCCCAAAUCCCGUUUCUAACAAAAGGAGUAGAUUUGACGGGCAAUCUGAAUACGCAAAAUCCAACGGAUAUUCAGCACCAUACCCCUCUUACGACAACCAUCCUCCGCAACCAUCAUACGGGUCUCAGCCAGGUCCCGGUUAUGGUUCUUAUUCCUCUUACGAUACCCAUCCCACAGCCCCAGUUUAUUCUACCCAGACACCUGGAUAUGGUGAAUCUUAUGCUGAUGGCUAUGGUGGACGUGGUUAUGGUGACAGCGAUGGUUACAGCCAGCCCGGAGGGAACUAUUACGGCGGUAGCAGCGGCCAACCCGGUGGCGAUUACAACUACACACCAGCUCCUGACAUGAGAUACCCAUCGCAACCACCUGCAUAUCAGGAUCAGUAUGCUAAACCUCCACGCCCCUAUGAACAAUCUUACAGCACCAGUGGCGGUGGCGGAAGCUACACUUAUAACAACACUUAUCAGCCUGCUGGUGGCUACGGCGAGAGGCCUUAUCCUUCGUCAAGUGGUGGUUAUGGAUGAUGAAAAGAAAUCUUGGGAUUUGUCUGUUGAGCGCAAAAGCUUUUUGAUAUUCGCUGAGGCCUAACGACACGAACUGUAAGUUGCGCUUAUGUACUUAUUGUGAGUGAAGGAAUUAUUUCUUCUGAAGGCGAGCUUUUUCUUGUCUCAAAGCCGAGCGAUGGUUUUGUUUGUGACGAGACAACCUCAUGGAUCUCCUUCCUGCCAUGCGUGUGCAUAUGAUGAUGGAACGAUUGAUUUCUCAUUACUUACAACAGAGAAAUUGUUCAUCAAAGGCUCAUCAUGUCUAUUAAGUUAAAUUUCUCAAUUAUAAAAUGUACAAAUUUGUUAAAAGAUGUCCAAACAAGGUUUUUUAAUUUAUUGACAAAAUCGACCAAUAAUUGUAAUGAUGUAAUGAACACCUACAUCAUUCACUAUGUCAUUAAAAGGUUUUUUAAUGUUUAUAAUACCAGCAAUAAAAAGACGUCAGGGGGUGGCCACAACGGUUUAGGCGUUGACA